AUGGAUCCACCUCCACUCAUCCAAGCGACCAUCUGCGACUGCUGUGGCAAGGCCAAGCACCCAGACAAGGAUUUGCUCAAGUGUGGUCGAUGCCGACAAGCCUGCUAUCAUGACAAGGUAUGCCAGAAAAAGCACUGGCCCACGCACAAGGCGAUUUGUCGGCAGUUGGUCCAACGCGCAGAGGAAGAAGCCCUUCAACGACAAUCCGUCCAAGUGCUCCCUGAUACGGACAACAAGGGACGUGUGUUGAUUGCCUUGAAAGAAUUUGCUCCCGGUGAUGUGGUCUUGUUGGAAAGUCCCGCCGUGCUGUUUGAUACUCGAUUGGAAUAUCGAGGAUUGUUGCAAGCGUUUGGAUCGGCCACGGUCCACACGCAACAGAGAGUGUUGGAUUUGCACGCUUCGCCUCAUGCAACCAUUGAUUCACCAGCGAGACAACAGUGCUGGGCGCGUCUGGAACAGCAACGAGUGGCAUAUCUGCAGGCGCACCCUCAGGCGUCAACUGUGUUGACCCAAAACACCGCCGAGAAGCUCUUGGCGAUUAUUGAAACCAAUGGCUACAAUUUGUUCAAUGCAGCAGCAACAACAACAAAUGAUCCCAAACAAUGGAUGGGACUCUUUGUGCUGGGAAGUAUGCCAGAGCACUCCUGCAAUCCCAAUGUGACGUUGAACACCACUCGAGACUGCAAAAUUGAAUUGCUGGCCGAACGAUCGAUUGCCAAGGGUGAUCGUUUGUCCUUUAGUUAUAUCGAAGGAAUUUACGAAAAGUGCCGAGAGCAACGACAAGCCAGCUUGCUAGAGCAAAAGCACUUUACUUGUCUGUGCGCACGAUGCUUCGGAAUCGACGAAUGCCGGCCUCUGCUUUUGCCAGGAAUGACAGAUCCUAUUUUUUGGAAUGCCCAGCUGCACAAGUAUGUUGGUGUGAAGGCUCUUUCCUCUUCCGAGGCGGACAAUGACGACAAUGCACCGUCAUCAAUGACACUACUAGACCUGACGAACGAGGAUGCUUCUGUUGCCAGCUUUUUGAAAGCCGAGGAGGAACUGAUGCUCAAGAUACAUCAACUGGAACAGUCAAUGGAACAGGGAAAGAUAUCAUUCCAAUCGGUCUUGACACAAAUGGCAAGUCUCAUGUCGAGUACCCAAUGGAAAUCAACCAUUCAUCCACUGCAUUGGUUAAAUCUGUCGGCGUGUAACUUUCUCUCCCAGGCUGGAUCCGCCACGGCUCGGAUGCAGCCAGCCAGCGACGGCGCUAUGCGUUGGUUACGAGUAUCCAUCGUGGCACUGCUCCACAACUUGACAUGGGUCGAACGAACGGUUCGGGUGCUGCGACAUCAGCCAACCAACAACAAUGGAGCCAGCCAAACACUUACAACUGCGGCAGUCUGUCACAACCUCGCACAAGAGAUACAAAACCACGACAACCCUGUACGACAAAUAAUCACACACAUACUAUUCGACAAUGAUGUGGAUGUGAAACGUGCCGUGGGUAUUGUGUGUGCACAACCCGUGGACGAAACGUGUGUGACGGCAGACAGUCUCUUGACGGCCUUUUUUGCCGGACAGGAUCUGCUCGUAGCUGGACACGCAGACUUGGCCAUCAUGCUGUAUCAACGCUACCAAGAGUGGUUCCAUAAACUCAAACAACCAAAUGAAGAGAAUCGACAGCGGAUUGAUGUUUUGAUAUCAUCAAGAGGAAACACCAAUCCAUUUGCCAAUAUGCUUUUGUAA